AUGUGGCGCAAGCGCAAACUGUCCCCUCACCAAGACAACAACCACACCAACAUAUCACGCAAGACACGCUGGAAGGAGAACUAUACUAUCGUGUCGAGCGACGACUCGGACGACUCGGACCACGAGAGCAAUCCCCUGGACGACGACGAAUACUAUAUCAACUGUAUACUCGACGAGACGGAGUCUCAAUACCUGAUUGAUUGGGAAGGACCUUGGGAGCCCACUUGGGAACCAAAGGAGCACGCCAACGGACUUGCUGUUGAGACCUGGGAAAAGACGAAGACACAGAAGAGUUACGCUCAGAGUGAAGGCACACGUCCGAGUAAUACUCCACUGGCGCACUUGUCUUCCUCCCGCUCACAGACGCACAGCGCGGAGCAGCUGGUUACCGACCCUGUUGCCUCCGAACCCUCUCCGGAGCACACCAACAACGACUCGGGUUCGCCUUUGUUUGUCCCCGUCGACGGUACACCGGAGUUGCAGACUACUGAGGCGUACGGUUCGGCUCCAACAAGCCAGUUGAACACACACUGUUCGGCGCAGCCCGAAAACACGCCGCGACCUUCAUUCCGCGAACGCCAGUUGCAGGUCUUCCAAGAAGUGCCCGCAACACCCGUCCCCGCCGAACUCCGCCUGUCAAGCGAGUCUCCAGACGCUCGAUCCGUAGAACAUUUGCGAACGGUGACCCCUGCCGCCAACUGUCAGACGUGGGAAAGCGUUAGCGUGGUGAGUUCUGUCCCGCGCGAGGGACUCUAUCAAGGCAACACUGUCGGCUCUUCUGGAUCCCAGCGGCCGGUAGAUCGGGUAGCAAGCAACCACGCGAGCGCCGUGGAUGAAAUACCGGAGACGCCAUUUGGCCCAUUCAGUAAUUCCGAGAGUCAAACGACGCGUCCAGCUCCCACGUUUAAUAGCGCAAGCUCGCAGUACUCAAUAAUCUCUGCCAAGAACCCUCUAAGCGCAAGUACGCCGGUCUCGCAGCAGUUUUCAGCACUUCAUUAUUUGUCGCAAGGUAGCACUAGCGCUGGUCGCGUAGGUUCUAUACCGGAGUCAGUCACGGCGCGUGUUUCGCAAGCCACGAGAGUCUUGUCUGCCAGUAAGCCAAGCUGCGAAUUCGCCUCCGUGACGAACACACGGGGAUCAUCUGUGAAGAUGGAUGGUCAGGACAAAAAAGGUAUGUCUCUAGCGGAGACGAUGGAAAAAUACAGCCAAUUCGAAGGAAGCACUCCGAGGGAGAAGCUCCGGAAUGCAUAUGCCCAGCUGCGAGCGCAGAGUGCGGCACCCCCGGAGCCAAGCGCCACGCCAUCUUCGGUGGGUGAGGCUGGCGACAUCGAACCAUCGCCCGUCGCUUUGCCCGAAACCGCCGCCCCACUCAGCGUGAGGAUCGACAAACCCUCGGCCUUUCAUCCUGAACAUCAUUCUCCCGCGGGACCCCCGCCUGUCAUCCCCUCGCCACCCCUGGAAUCUGCACACAUGGAUCCCACUCAGCUCCACGAUAUACACCACGCUGUACACCCCGAUACUAUUCAGCCGCAUGCAUUGUCAGUCGACCAUACCGAGGAGUCGAUUCCAGGAUCUGUUCUGCUUGGUCCAUCGGAGUUUGCCAUCUCGCUCCCCAUGGACUCGAGGGUCAAGGAUGAUUACGAGCGAGUCCUUACCAGCGAGAGUGAUUCAAUCCAGGAAUUCAUCAAUGGCACUAGCACACAAGCAGACCAGCGCGUGCGUCUACUGCCCAAAAUAAAAGAGGUGUUAGAGCGUCUGAGCAAUGUCGCCACCCAUCCAGACUUGAACGUCACCAAACAUCUCAACGACUCGCAGGCGGACCUGCGGCAAGAGGCUUCAUGGGCGGAAUACUCAAGUGCCAAGUUCCUGCUUCUCUCCUACCUCGUGGGGUCUACAAGUGAUCGCGACCUACACUUGGUCAUCAUGGUAAAUGGCGAAAAGACCCAGAACGUGGUCGAGCGGUUCCUGCUGGGCAAAGGCCUCGCUUAUACCCGCCCGCGCGAGGAGAUGGGUCCUGGCACGAAUGUGGAAGUGUCUCUGGCCAAGGGCCCGCUGAGCUUUGGGGUUCAGUCAACUCGCAAUGACGGCAUUGUGGAGACCUACAAAGCCCCUUCUACAAUCAUCGCCCUAGACUCCUCAUUCAACACCAAGAUCCCCUCGGUGGAACACAUGCGGACCACAUUCGCUCGCCACGGGCAUCUGCUUCCCGUCGUUCGCCUGGUCGUGUCCAAUUCCAGCGAGCACAUCGAGCUUUGCUUCUCCAAUUUGCCCGAGCUCCAGCGUGUGCGUCUGUUGUUGCAAUACACCAUGCGUCUGAAGAACUCGGUGGGCGACCUCCAGGACGAUGCGCUUGGGGUAUCUGAAGACGCCGAAGAGCUUGUCUCGUAUCUGUCGUCCGACAACUUCAACGCGCACUGGUCGCUACCGGACAUUGAGCCUCUGCACAUUGUGGAUCUGGAAGCACUACAACCCGUGCCUGAGGAGCCACCAAGCCGACCGGAUGUUGAGUUUUCACCCAUGGCCACACCUCUCCUGCAGAAACGCGCAUUCGUAAGUUCCCGCUCACCCGAACGCAAGUUCCCUGAACCUAAAACAGAGAUCACACAGACGGAAGAAUCCAGCGAGCAAACCGCCAAGCGGCCCAGGAUAGAGGAACCGCAAGAUGCCAGCCAACUUACCGAGUCGACCAGAUUCCCCAGCCAGACCCUCGACGGCGAGCUCAGAUCACUGGAGAGCAACCUCGUUCAGCUCCGCAGUUCGCAUGCGAACGAAAUCCAAAGACUCCAGAAGACGCUCGCUGAGACCCAGGCCCGCCUGCAAGAACGCGACCAUGUCCUGGAGCAACUGCAGCACCGCUACGAGACGCGCACCAGGGACUUCCACAAGCUGCGCCGCGAACGGGACAAGCUCGUCGAAGCCAAGACGCUGGCCGAGCAGCGCAGUGAGAAGAGCAAAGAGGAGCUGACCAAGAUCAAAGACGAGCGCACGCAGCUGCGCCACGAGCUCGAGCAGGCGCGCGCGGCCCUGAAAAGCGACGCCGGCAGCAUGGCCGCGGAGCUGGAGACCGCGCGCGAGGAGAUCCGCCGCCUGACCAAGGAGAACAGCGGGCUGGAGCGCAAGGCGGACUACGAGGCCAAGCAGACCGAGUACACGCGCGAGCAGUACCAGACCGCGUCGAACGUCGCGGCGCAGUCCAGCAACGAGAACCGCCAGCUGCGCGACGAGAACGAGUCCCUCAAGCGCAAGGUGGCCGGCGACGCCAGCCGGCUCCGCGAGCUCAACCUCCAGCACGACGAGGCCCGCCACCUGGCCCGCACCCUGGAGCUGGAGGCCGCGCUCGCCUCGCGCGAGGACCUCCUGCGCCGGAAGGAGGAGGAGCUGCGCGAGAUCCGCAAGAACCGGCCCUCGACGCGCUCGACGAGCACCCAGCCGCGCAGUCCCAAAUGGACGGCCAGCCGCCCCACCAGCCCGGGCAUCAACAACCAUGGCGGCAACGGUUCGUCUCUGAGCACGGGGCGGGGCAGCGCGCUACGCUUCAGCUCGGAGAUGACUUUCUAG